UUUGUAUUUAUUUUAAAAAAAACCUAGUCGUCGUCGGCUCUGUUACUAACUCCGUCGUCCUCUUGUCGGAACCAGAUUUUUUCAAACGACGGCGAAGCUGAUUUAGUGAAGAUGGAAUCUAAUGGGUCAGUUUCAUCGACGGUUAACUUGGAGAAGUUUCUCUGCGAGCGAUUGGUUGACCAGUCACAGCCGAUAUCGGAGCGAUUUAGAGCUCUCUUCUCUCUUCGCAACUUGAAAGGACCAGGACCUCGCAACGCUCUAAUCCUCGCAUCUAGAGACUCUUCUAAUCUGUUAGCACAUGAAGCUGCAUUUGCAUUGGGUCAGAUGCAAGAUGCUGAAGCAAUUCCUGCUCUUGAAUCGGUUCUUAAUGAUAUGUCUUUGCAUCCAAUAGUACGACAUGAGGCAGCAGAAGCUCUUGGAGCCAUUGGUUUAGCAGGUAAUGUUGACAUCUUAAAGAAAAGCUUGAGUUCGGAUCCAGCUCAGGAGGUUCGGGAAACAUGUGAAUUAGCUCUCAAAAGGAUUGAAGAGUUGGGCAAUGUUGAUGCCGAGAACCAGUCAACCACUACAGAUAAAUCACCUUUCAUGUCUGUUGACCCAGCAGGCCCAGCUGCUUCUUUCUCUUCUGUCCAACAACUCAGGCAAAUUCUUUUGGAUGAGACAAAAUGUAUGUAUGAGAGAUAUGCUGCACUUUUUGCCUUACGGAAUCAUGGUGGGGAGGAAGCGGUUUCUGCCAUAGUUGAUUCUUUGGGUGCUAACAGUGCUCUUCUUCGUCACGAGGUUGCGUAUGUCUUGGGCCAAUUGCAAAAUAAAACUGCUUUAGCCACUCUGAGCAAAGUACUUAAAGAUGUGAGCGAGCACCCAAUGGUUAGACACGAGGCUGCAGAAGCGCUUGGCUCUAUUGCAGAUGAGCAGAGCAUUGCAUUGCUACAAGAAUUCUCAAGGGACCCUGAGCCUAUUGUUGCACAAAGUUGUGAAGUUGCAUUAAGCAUGUUGGAAUUUGAAAAUUCGGGAAAAUCGUUUGAGUUCUUUUUCACGCAAGACCCCCUUGUUCACUAAGAAUGCUCAAUGAUCUUAACCAUUCUUCUUCAACCAUUUACCAACAAACAAAAGGAACACAAACUAUAGCAGGAAGCAAACAUUUUCUAGAGAGAGAGAGAGAGACGAAAAUGCUACUUUAACAACUCAUUAUGUACGAUUAUUAUUAACUUGUUAUAAUUGUCGUCAUUGUGUGUUUAAGGUUAAAAACUUAAUAUACAUUGUCUGUGGGUAUUAAAGCUUUCCAUUGCUUAACCCGAUAUUUGUAAACCAAAUCCAAAUAAAGUUUUGUUUAGCAACAUUGGUCAAA